AUGGACGAGCCUCAGACCAUCGAAACCGAUGUUCUUAUCGUGGGCUCCGGCCCUAUUGGGGCGACCUACGCCAGAAAGCUUGUCGAAAGCGGCUUAGAGGUGAAAAUGGUGGAAGUGGGAGCCCGGACGAGUGCCAAACCAGGAGACCACAACAAGAACCCUGCGGCGUUCCAGAAGGACAUGGCCUUGUUUGCCCAGACCAUGAAGGCAUCUAUGUCUGUGGUUUCAGUGCCAACAAAGGACGUUUUUAUCCCUAAUUCGUCCCCGUUCCCUUUCCCAUCGGCAAAUCAUCUUCUCGAUGGAGGAAAUGCAGGUCCCGAUAUCUCAGCGCAUGCAGAUGCGCGUAAUGUUGGCGGGUUGUCGACUCGUUGGGCCUGCGCCACUCCUCGACCAAAUAUAAAAACGCGGCCAGAUAUUUAUACAUCAGACGAAUGGAAUGAACUCCUCAAAGAGGCCGAAGGAUAUAUUGGGACCAGUUUGCCUGGCCCCGAUUAUGUUCUCAAGGAUUCUAUUCGGCAACAGUUAUUACUCGACCAUCUAUCAGGUGUACUGCCAGAUCGCGACCCCCAUGCACUCCCUAUCGCUGCUAGAAUUGACCCCAAGAACCCAACGUUGAUUACAUGGUCUUCUGCGUAUACGGUGCUUGGGCGGAUCGUUGAAGAUAAAGAGCUCAAGAAAAGAUUUGAGUUGCUCCCCGAGCACCUAUGUGCGAAAUUACAGAUCGAUGACGCGGGCAAGGGGAUCCAAUAUGCCACUGUGAAGGAUCUUGUAAACGGCAAGACCAUUCAUGUGAAGGCUAAGGCUUUUGUCGUCUCUGGUGGCCCUGUCCAAACGCCACAGUUGCUCUACGCCUCUGGCUUCAGGCCGGAAUCAGCGCCUGAUAGACAGCUACUUCCCGCAUUGGGUCAUUUCUUAACAGAAGACACAAUGGGCUUCUGUCAGGUCGUCCUAUCGAAGGAGCUAAUCGGCAAAGUGGAGGAGAAUAAAGACUGGAAGGAAAAAGUCAAAGCACACAAAGAGAGCACGGGAGACUCUUUACCAAUUCCACUCCAUGAUUUCGACCCACAGAUUACUCUCAAGGUUGAAGAAACCAAGAAUUGGCACGUCCAGAUCCACGGAGACGGGCUCUCCUCCAGCUCAGCUCCAACAGCCGUGGAUAAACGUCUACUUGUUGACCUUCGCUUCUUCGGACCGGUUCAGCCUGAGAAAAACAACCGUGUUACAUUCGAGGAACACGCAACAGAUGUAUACGGUAUGCCCCAGCCUACCUUCUACUUUGACGUCCCAAAGAACGACAGAAGUACUUCAAAUCGAAUGAUAUCGGACAUGGCCGAAGUGGCGAACAAGCUUGGAGGAUAUCUACCAGGUUCCGAACCACGACUUCUGCCGCAUGAGCCGGCUAUCUACGCUUGCGGAACUACUCGCGCAGGGAAAUCCACCGAUAGCACUAGAACGGGAGAAAUACCUGAGGAUUCGUGCUGUGACGAGUCCUGCAAAGUCUGGGGAAUGAAUAACCUCUACAUUGGGGGUUCAAGUGUCAUCCCCGGAGCAAGCAGUGCGAAUCCGACUUUGACCGCCAUGUGCUUUGCAAUCAAAGGCGCAAAUGCUAUCAUCGAAAAGCUUAAACAGACUUGA